AUGCUGAGCUACUUCGUUCAUUUCACUCUUAACUCCAAUGACAUAUCCGCUUCAAUUCGAUCCUGGCCUUGGAAGACUUCAGGCAGCCCCAAGGAUUGGUGUACAAACGUGCUCCUUCAUGCGACGUGCUGGUGCAUAUGGCUCAAGAGGAAUGCAAGAAUUUUCAGGGAGGAAGGAGAAGUUACCAGAGUGGCUUUUUUCAAGGUGUGUCGUAUGAUCUUCAAUUGGUUGCUCGCUGCGAGUAAAGUUGGGAGGACUAAAGGAGAAAGUUGGAUGCAGAUAGUUAGGAAUCGUUUGCUUCCAGGGCCUAUGUCUAAUGUGAUAAAUGAGAACAAGGCGUUGUCUUAG